AUGCAGAGAUCUACCUACCUGCUGGCUCUAAUCGUCGGUGGAUUGGUCCAGGCACUAGAACAAGAAGACCGUUGUACCCUUUUGGAACAUUUCACGAAACUACGUGAGGACGUUGAUCCAGAGGCCAAGAACAUGCUGUUACUGAAAUACUCUCUUGACUUGGAGAAAUUAGCAGGUGAUUGGUUGGCCAACUGCACGUUGCAAUUUCCAUUUGGCCAACCUGGAUUCUAUGAUGUUGGAUACCUUCUAAUACCUGGCAUCAAAAGUCAGCCAAUUACGUUUGACCUGCUGACCAAACUAGGCUUCGACAAACGAGACUGUCGUUAUGAGACCACAGAAUGGAAACAAGAGUGCAUGGCCUAUAAACGCGUGAUAUGGGCGAAAACCGGCGAGGUUGGAUGUGCGCUGGGGGAGUGUAAAUGGGGACAGGAUUCUGACUCCUUUCUGGUCUGUUUCUACAAACCCGCCGAUCCUCUGCCAGAGGGUAGUCCUUACGAGGCGGGAUCUAGUUGCACUGCCUGUCCUCAUGGAAUGGGCUGUUUCCGCAAGCAGUGCGCUGAUUUGUCCUCACUCGCAUCGGAAACAUGCAAUCGCACGCCUCCAAAGCAAACACCGAAAACAACUUCGAGUUCCAAACGGCUAUCAGCAAGCAGUGUCUUGACUGCCGCUGAACUCGUCUCAAUAAGCGCUGCAUCCAUUUCCAUGACGACCAUGCACAUAUAG